AUGCCUCGUGAGUUGCCUGGUUUCUAUUGGGACGCCGAAAGAAAUCGGUAUUUCCCCAUUUCAUCCAAGCCAAAGCCAAAAAUCGACACAGGACUAGCCAAUUCAGAACGCCCAGUACGACCUUUGCCUGCAACGAGCUCUGAUGACAGCGACAGGAGCUCAAAAAGACGGCGAAGGAGCACACACUAUCAUGUAACUGAAUCUGUGAGGUCGAGCACACGUGGUAUCGAUAAGGAGAGAGGUGCACAUGGAGUCCUAUGUUCACACAUUGCUUCGACAUCAAAGGCGACGCGAUCAAUCAUUCCCUUGCUGUCUCACGCAACCAUAACUACCUUCAAGACAACGUCAAUAGACGGGCGCAUUCUCAGCUUUCUCGGAGACAGUCGUGGCUGGCUCUACUCCUUCAGCGCUGACGAAGGUCGGGACGCGCUCGGUUUUUACUCCACGCAAGGUUGGACGCCGGAGUUCAAUCUCCCAUCAACGAUAUCGUCCAUAUCUAUUUCUGGUUCUCGAUGCGCCGCCACGUCCUUUGGACCAAAUUGCAAAAUCCUCCUCCAAGCAUUGGAUACCUCAAAUGUGCAUGUCAUCAAACCCGGUGAUCACCUUGUUCACGACAUAUGGACAAGCAGUCUUCGAGGCUCAGAACUUGUGCUAGGUGCAAACAAGCAAGCUGUCGUAUUUAAAGGCAUCGAUGACCCAAGCAAUAUGCGCUUCCUGAAAACUCACAGUGAUGUCUUUGCCGUCCAACAAGAGGAGAACCUCGUAUAUACCGGAUCACGGAAUGGGGCCAUCAGCCGCUUUGACCUGCGUAUCGACACGCCGAAAGGGCAAAACCUACUAGACGAUGUGUUUUUAUCACCAACGAAUUCUAUAACUAACCUCAGGAUCGUUCGCGAAUGGCAACUUUUAGUUGGCAACAUUGAUGGAAGCGUGAGUGCUUUUAAGCCAUUCCUUGUUGUUUCAGGAAGUGACAAACAAUUCACUCUAAAGCUUGGGACAUACGAUCUUCGCUAUUCGCGGGGUAGGACUCCUCUCAUGACCUUCGCUGGGAACGUCAAUUCUUGGACAAUCGCUACUGCUUUAGAUGUAGAUCCUGCCGAAGAAUUUAUCUUCGCUUCCGCUCAAGACUCACGUAUACGCGCUUGGUCUUUACGCACAGGGGAACUCAUACACCCCUCUUUAUCUUCGACGACUUCCACAUCAGCUGGGCCUUCAUCUCCCUCAUCUCCCAUUAACUGGAUCACCAAUCCUUUUGAGACCGCUUUUACCAGUCCCGUGCAGGCCUUACAAGUUGCCGAGGAGAAAGAGGGCAUACUAUUCGAGGAUUCGGUUUUGAUGACCUACGAGCUCCACAAUCUUGAUGCUACAAAGUAA